UUCGGGACAAACGGAGCCGCCACGAUGGCCCUCUCGCGGCGGAGACUCUGGCCGGCCCUCGUGGCCUUCGUCGCCAGCAUCACCAUCGAGCCGAUGCUCUUCGCCAGGAACGUCGCCCUGUACGGCAUGAGCGUCAUCCGGGAGAACCUGAAGCUCGACCGCUUCUGUCGGUUGACGCUGAACCGCACGCAGGACGAGUGCGCGCACAUGAACGACGGCGAGCACGACGACCUGCAGGUGGCGGUGCAGAAGCUGGACAACGCCUUCAUCCUGUUCGAGAGCCUCGUGGGCUCGCUGGUGCCCAUCCUGCUGGUCGUGUUCAUCGCCUCGUGGAGCGACCGCCGCGGCAGGAAGGUCCCCCUCGUGAUCUCGCUCAGCGGCAGCGCCCUCUACGCCGCCGUGUACCUGCUUGAAGCCGUGAACCCGUCGUGGCCGCCCGAGGUGCUGCUGCUGGCGUCCUUCCUGCAGAGCGUGGGCGGCGGCUGGGUGCUCUUCUUCAUGGCCGCCUACAGCUACAUCGCCGACCACUCGAGCGGCGAGUCCCGCACGCUGCGCCUGACCGUCAUGAGCGCCAUCUGGCAGCUGGGCGGCCCGGCCGGCACCGCCCUCGCCGCCUGGCUCUUCGACGUGGGCGGCUACGCAUGGGUGUUCGGGCUCAGCCUGGCGCUGUACGUGCUGUGCCUGCUGUACACACUGCUCGUGGUGCGGGACAAGGCGCCCGGGCCGGCGGAGGGGCGGCCGCGGGCGCAGGCGGGGGGCGGCGGCCCUUGCGACGUGCGCAACAUCCUGGAUCUGUUCCGCGCCUGCUUCAGGAGGCGGCCGGGGCGUGGGCGCCUGCACCUGCUGCUGGCCAUGACGUUCAUGCUGGGCGCCUACAGCUCCGGCGCCCACAACAUGUACCUGUGGACGCGGCGGGUGCUCGGCUGGGGCUCCGACCAGUACAGCCUGUACUCCACCGUGAACCAGCUGUGCCAGCAGGGCGUCAUGCUCCUGACGGCGCCCCUGCUGCGCCGUCUCAGGGUCCACGACUGCGUGGUGGGCGCGGGGGCGGCGCUGGUCAACAUGCGCGCAGCUCACGACCUUCGGCCUGACACGACGCCCGCCAGGGCUGGGUCCUGUACGCCUUCGUGCUCCUGCCGACCGGCCUCGUCGGCGUCACCAUCAGGGCCGUCCUCUCGAAGCUAUGUUCCGGGGACGAGGUGGGUCGUGUGUUCUCCAUGCUGGCAAUCCUGGAGAUCUUCUGGCGUUAUAUUGCUAUGUUCCGGAGACGAGGUGGGUCGUGUGUUCUCCAUGCUGGCAAUCCUGGAGAUCUUCUGGCCUAUUGUGGACAGUCUUAUCUUCACCAGCGUGUACGGGGCGACCAUUGCCUACUACCCUUCCUACGAGCAUUUUGUGGCCGCUGGAUUCUCCUUCUACGUCUUCGCUGGGUUCUUGGCGAUAAAGGAGGUACUUAUGAAGCUGGUAUCAGCUGAGGAGGGUCGCUACGAUGAGCGUCACGAGAGGUUGCGGGCUCCUAGGAUGGUUGAGUGUGGUAAAGAAAACGGUGAUGAUGAUGACGAAGAUGAAAAUGAAGAUAAAAAUGAGGACAAAGAGGACGGCAAUGAUGAUAACAUUAACAAUUCUCCCAAAAACUAUGACGAUGAUACUGAUACAGCGAAAUGCGUAGGGUUUACUGAAUUUCACUAG